GGUACGGCCGCGGUCGGUCAGGGAGGGCUGUGCAGGGCAGGGGAGGGUAGACGCAGGCGGGCAGGCAGGGCACGGAGCCCCGCGACCCUCCCCGGAGGAGGCACCCACCCGGAACUGGACGCCGCUGAGCCCGAAGACAGACGGAGACGCAGGGAGCCGGGGCACUGGUGGCUCCAGGGAGAGGCCGCGGCCAAAAGAUGCCUGUCCGCAGGGGCCACGUCGCGCCCCAAAACACGUACCUGGACACCAUCAUCCGCAAGUUCGAGGGCCAGAGUCGGAAGUUCCUGAUCGCCAAUGCUCAGAUGGAGAACUGUGCCAUCAUUUACUGCAACGACGGCUUCUGUGAACUCUUUGGCUACUCCCGAGUGGAGGUGAUGCAGCGACCGUGCACCUGUGACUUCCUCACAGGCCCCAAUACCCCACGCAGUGCCAUGUCCCGUCUAGCGCAGGCCCUACUGGGGACAGAGGAGUGCAAGGUGGACAUCCUCUACUACCGCAAAGAUGCCUCCAGCUUCCGAUGCCUGGUGGACGUGGUACCUGUGAAGAACGAGGAUGGAGCCGUUAUCAUGUUCAUCCUCAACUUCGAGGAUCUGGCCCAGCUCCUGGCCAAGAGCGAGCGCCGCAGCCUGUCCCAGUGCCUGCUGUCCCAGAGCUUCCUGGGCUCCGAGGGCUCUCAUGGCAGGCCAGGUGCACAGGGUCCUGGCACAGGCAGGGUCAAGUACAGGACCAUCAGCCAGAUCCCGCAGUUCACACUCAACUUCGUGGAGUUCAACCUGGAGAAGCAUCGCUCGGGCUCCACGACAGAGAUUGAGAUCAUCGCACCACACAAGGUGGUGGAGCGGACCCAGAACGUCACCGAGAAGGUCACCCAGGUUCUGUCCCUGGGCGCGGACGUGCUGCCGGAGUACAAGCUGCAGGCACCACGCAUCCACCGCGGGACCCUCCUGCACUAUAGCCCCUUCAAGGCCGUGUGGGACUGGCUCAUCCUGCUGCUGGUCAUCUACACAGCCAUCUUCACGCCCUACUCGGCCGCUUUCCUGCUCAGCGACCAGGAUGAAUCUCAACGCAUGGACUGUGGCUACACCUGCAGUCCACUCACUGUGGUGGACCUCAUCGUAGACAUCAUGUUCGUUGUGGACAUUGUCAUCAACUUCCGCACCACCUACGUCAACACCAAUGACGAGGUGGUCAGUCACCCUCGCCGCAUUGCCAUCCACUACUUCAAGGGCUGGUUCCUCAUUGACAUGGUGGCUGCCAUCCCAUUUGACCUUCUCAUCUUCCGCACCGGCUCUGAUGAGACCACAACCCUGAUCGGGCUGCUGAAAACGGCGAGGUUGCUGCGGCUGGUGCGUGUGGCACGGAAGCUGGACCGCUACUCUGAGUAUGGAGCGGCCGUGCUUUUCCUGCUCAUGUGCACCUUCGCACUCAUUGCACACUGGCUCGCCUGCAUCUGGUAUGCCAUCGGCAACGUGGAGCGGCCCUACCUGGAGCCCAAGAUCGGCUGGCUGGACAGCCUGGGCGCCCAGCUUGGCAAGCGCUACAACGGCAGCGACCCGGCCUCUGGCCCCUCAGUGCAGGACAAGUAUGUCACCGCCCUGUACUUCACCUUCAGCAGCCUUACCAGCGUGGGCUUCGGCAAUGUCUCCCCCAACACCAACUCUGAGAAGGUCUUCUCUAUCUGCGUCAUGCUCAUCGGCUCCCUCAUGUACGCCAGCAUCUUUGGCAACGUGUCUGCCAUCAUCCAGCGUCUGUACUCCGGCACUGCCCGCUACCACACGCAGAUGCUGCGAGUCAAGGAGUUCAUCCGCUUCCACCAGAUCCCCAACCCGCUGCGGCAGCGCCUGGAAGAGUACUUCCAGCACGCCUGGUCCUACACCAACGGCAUUGACAUGAACGCGGUGAGAGCCCGCCGCCCUGCCUCGGGUGGGGCAGGCGAUCCAGCUCCAGUCCCAGCUCUGGCUAAGUGUCCCAGGGGAGGCCAAGGACCCGCGGGCACAGGGCGUCCCCAGACCCCUCCCCACCCCGUUCCCCCAGCCCCAAGCCCAGCUGCACUACCCUGGACGCGGCCGCCCCCCUCGCAGGUGCUGAAGGGCUUCCCUGAGUGCCUGCAGGCCGACAUCUGCCUGCACCUGCACCGUGCGCUGCUGCAGCACUGCCCAGCCUUCCGCGGCGCCAGCAAGGGCUGCCUGCGCGCGCUGGCAGUCAAGUUCAAGACCACGCACGCACCGCCUGGGGACACGCUGGUGCACCUCGGCGAUGUGCUCUCCACGCUCUACUUCAUCUCCCGAGGUUCCAUCGAGAUCUUGCGUGACGAUGUGGUCGUGGCCAUCCUAGGAAAGAACGACAUCUUUGGGGAGCCCAUUAGCCUUCAUGCCCGGCCUGGCAAGUCCAGUGCAGAUGUGCGGGCCCUGACCUACUGUGACCUGCACAAGAUCCAGCGGGCAGACCUGCUGGAGGUGCUGGACAUGUACCCUGCGUUUGCAGACAGCUUCUGGAGUAAGCUGGAAGUCACCUUCAACCUGCGGGACGCAGGCGGGGGUCUCCAGUCAUCACCCCAACCGGCUCCAGGCAGCCAGGACCACCAAGGCUUCUUCCUCAGUGACAACCAGUCAGCUGCAGCCCCUUCUCUGAGCAUCUCAGAUGCAUCUGGCCUCUGGCCUGAGUUGCUGCAUCAAAUGCCCCCAAGGCCAAGGGACAGCCCCCCAAACCCUCAGGGAGACCCAGACUGCUGGCCUCGGGAGCUAGGCUCCAGGCUGGAGCAGCUUCAGGCCCAGAUGAACAGGUUGGAGUCCCGCAUGUCCUCAGACCUCAGCCGCAUCCUACAGCUCCUUCAGCAGCCCCUGCCCCAGGGCCACACUGGCUACAUUCUAGGAGCCCCUACCUCCAAUGACUUGGCCUUGUUUCCUGUGGCCUCAACCACUCAGAGUCCGGGAACUAGGCUGCCCCAGGGUGGUCUGCCCCCUGCACAGGUCCCAGGCUGUGGUGACUUGAACAAGUGUAGGCUGAAGCGAAAGAACUCCUCCUCCAGGGUGCCUCCCCUGGUCAUGGCAACAGACAAAAUUCUCACACUGUCCCUGGAACAGGAGCAGCCUGAGGGGCUUCUGUCACCCCUAGCCUCAACUCUGCAUCCCCUGGAGGUACAGGGACUCAUCUGUGGUUCCCGUUUUCCCUCCCUUCCUGAACGCCUUGGCCCCGUCCCUAAGCAGCUGGAGUUUCAGAGACAUGGCUCAGAUCCUGGGCUGGCCAGGAGUUAGAGCCACUGAACCCCAAGAUAGAGAUAAUAUGAGGGGAUUGAAGGUGGGUGAAAGUUAAGGAUUUAGGGGAGGCAGACAGCUGCCAAAUUGGCCUCUGAAAACCAUUCAUUCUUCUAGUAUAGCUACAAACUGCCAACCCAGGUGACCCAUGAUGGCAUGGGUGAAGAUGGUCAGGACCUUCCCAGACUCCUCCAGGGCCCUAUUUAGACGGUAGGCCUCGUGGAGGGUGGGUGAGGCUCAGGGGUGGAGGUAGCUUACAGGACAGAGAGGUCGGUGAAAAAAGGAGAAGUUUCUGAUCUGUGUGAGAAACUUACUCCUUACGGCUCAGAACUAUACACCGCUUCAUGGACCAGGACCCAAGGUUAGUGAGACCUCCUGCCAAGAGCCUGUAAACUGACUGGAGAUGAAAGUGUCCUCUGUAGUGGACACAUCAGAGCACAGAGUUCCAGCCCCCAGCCGCUCUGCCCCUCAUGGUUCUAUGAUGACCUUUGGGACUCUAGCGGGCAGUGGAAUGUCUCACAGCUAAUAAAGUCUGCACAUUUCAUGUUAGACUGGGUGUGUUGCUUACCUGAGGGUCAUCAGGUCCUUGACUGUGCUGUGACUCCAACAGCUGUGGUCUUCUCCAAAUCCCUCUCACAAGGAUUUGUGGGGGGGGGACCGGAAAGUGUUCUGCUGGGUUCAGUAGCCCCAGGAGCAUGGGGCUUUUUGCCAGGCUGGGGUAAAGGGAAACAGAAAGUCUCUGACUUGGGCACCAUCAAGAACCACGACACGUCCAUAGUGCUCCCUCUGUGCCAAGUCCCUGCCGACUGCUCUGCAGACAUUACUUCAUCGAAGCCUCACAACAACCCUGUAGGGUUGGUAUUAUUAGCCCCAUUUGAGAGAUGAGAAAUCAGAAGCAGAGAGAGGCUAAGAAAUUCACCCAAGCAUGCGGGGGACUUCUGGGGUGCUAGUACUGUUUUGCUUCCUGAUCUAGGAGCUGUUUACAUAUGUGUAUAUCAGAUUGUGAAAAUAGGUGCAUUUCUAUGUGUAAGCUAUACUCUGAUUAAAAAGAAAAAAGAAUCUUACCUAACAAAGGAAGCAAUUUCUACCCAGAUGGUCUGGCUUGAGAACUCUGCAGUUAACUACUCCAAUGAGAUGGGCUGUUGUCCAAAAAGUACCUGGCCACUGGCCUUCCGUCCUUUUUUGGUACUCCUUGAAAGAAUUUUGAAAAUGAAUCCCCCGCCCACCACAUUUUAAGGUUAACAU